UCCUAUCCUAAACAAACCGUUACCAGCCGAGUUCAUCCUCUACCCUUUGCGCAGUGUCCUGUCUUGUCCUAUCUCCUAGCAGAGUGUUCCAUCUUUGGUCGCGCAAUAUGACUUUGCCAAUUCAAUCUAUCGAUGAGCCAGGCAGGAGACCUCCUAAUGAGGUGGUUAUGGCGCUGCGACAGGAAGUUGCUGCCAUUCUUCAUCGGAAUUCGACUGCAUUCCCAGGCGCGCAACCUGUUAGCUUUACGAGGAAGCACCUUGAUGAACUACUCAGAGAAGACUACUACGUCUGCGAAAAGUCGGACGGCAUUCGUUAUCUCCUCUACCUCGCCGCUGACGAUUAUAAUCAAGAAUGCCACUACUUGAUCGAUCGGAAGAACGAUUAUUGGUACAUCGAAGAAGGUUCACUACACUUCCCUCUCCCGGGAAACCUACAAGCCUUCCAUAAAGGCACUAUAUUGGAUGGAGAGCUGGUAAUGGAUGCCCAUAGCGAUGGACGCCUGGAGCCGCGAUAUCUCGUAUUCGACUGCCUCGCCCUGGAUGGGCAAUCGUUAAUGUCGCGUGAACUUUCGAAGCGCCUCGGCUAUUUCCAAGAGCAAGUCUUCAAGCCGUAUAAGAAGCUGCUCGACGAUUUCCCCGAGGAGAAAAAAUUCCAGCCUUUCUUCAUCGACCUCAAGUCCAUGCAGAUGGCAUACGGCAUCCGCAUGAUCUUCGAGGACGUCAUAAAAAAUUUAAGACACGACAACGAUGGCCUGAUUUUCACAGCCCUCCAUAGCGAGUAUAAGCCAGGCACCGACCCGCACAUCCUGAAGUGGAAAGACGCCGAGGAAAACACGGUUGACUUUAAGUGGAAGUUGAAAUUCCCCGUAGUCGAGCCAGACGAGCAUGAUCGUGCUGAGGGUAUCACGGAACCCUUCAUCGACUACGAUAGCACACCUCCCGUAGAAUUGCUUGCCAAUCACGGUAGCGGCCAGUACCGUCACUUCGGCGAACUCCAUCUUGAGGACGAUGAAUGGGAAAUUCUUAAGGGGUUGGGGGAGGCGCUCGACGAUCGUGUAGUAGAGGUGUAUAUGGACAGCCAAAAGCGAUGGCGAUUCUACCGUUUCCGAGAUGACAAGUCGGACGGCAAUCACAUCUCUGUCGUAAACAGCGUGAUCGAGAGUAUCCAAGACGCGGUGACUCGCGACGAGCUGGAGAACCAUAGCAAGAAUGUGCGGGACAACUGGAAAGCCCGAGAUAAAGCCAAAGCUCGAAAAUAAGCCCAGGUAGGGAGGGAAUAAUUACCCUUACAUCUAGAUGUGGCUGUUAAUAGGGCACUAUCCACUGCGUUCGGGGUUACUGGUUUGAGAUAUUCACUUGGUUUGUUUUCAGCCUAGAUGGACGGGUACUAUUGGACCUGGGAUGGUAAUGACGCCAACCGAUUG